AUCCAGAUCUGCAAUUCUGCGAUGCAUUCCGACACAAGAUGGCGCUCCCACUUCCGUCCGGCCUCACGCCAAAUGAAGUCGGCUUUCUCUGCGAAAUGGAGCUUGUCACCGUGAUCCCCCGCCAAAGACUCGAAAGCCUUGAACUACUCGGCGGACCAUCAGCCCGCCUAAAUCCACCCUUCCCAUCCCAGAUUCCUCUCUGGCUUGCACUCCUCCUCAAACGGCAGAAACGCGCCAAUAUAUCUCCGCCACCUUGGCUCUCCAUACCCUCUCUCACUGCACUUCUCGACUUCGAAACCGACGAGAAAUGUGCAGGAGUCUUCUCCCCAGCGCCAGCCCUCCCUCCACCUUCCGGAGUCUCCGCCCUGCCUGGUGACCCAUACUUAUCCUCCGAGUCCCAGGAGAUCUCAACACCAUUCCUCUCAGACUCCUCCACGACCCGCGCACAACCUGAUGCUUUGCCAUAUCAUUGGAUCGAGAUCAGUCAUCUGCUGCUUUCACAUGCGAGCGAUGAUUUUGAGGAUGCCGAGGUUGUGAGGAGAUUGGUCAGGGAUUUGAGAGAGGUGAGAAUGAGUAAAUUGAGGAAGGGAUACCAGGCACUGGAAGCUGGCGCUGGCUUGAAGGUCAACGGUGUGGGAGGGAUGGAGGUCGCGGAGGUCAGAGGAUUCGUUGGAGGUGUUGUAGAUGGGAUGAGGAGGCUGAACCGUUCGAGAGAGGAGACGCAAAAGGAGGAAGAGGCGAAUGGAGAGGGUGGUGCAUUCGGGAGCUCACGAUAUGAGGACGAUGAUGAUAUGCAGUUGUGAUGAGACAUGUCUCCGCAAUUUCCCUGCCGAAGGGUGUGCUUCUGGUGGCAUAUUGAAACAAACACCUGCAAAGG